AUGGUGCUCGCUGAAGGCUAUCAUCGACUGCCCAUGUUGCUAAUGCUGCCAACAAAUCUUCCGGGAUCAUUCGACGGCAAGUACGGCGCCAUCGCCUAUCGUAUUGUCGUUAAGGUGCGGAAGUUUGAUUUCUUAUUCUCUACCAUUUUCACUACAUAUCUACGCAUGCACACUUACCGAAUCCCGUCAAUGGAAAGGAGAGGAAUGAAAAAAUGA